CUCCUGUGCUCUCUCCCACACACUUUCCGCUGCUGAUAAAAUCGUGCCGGAGGCUAGGCGGCCUGGAACGACCUUGAGUGCGGCAGGGAGCGAGUGUGUGUGGAGGGAAGGUGAGGACGCGGUUGUAGCUGGAGCUGGUGAUAAAGAAGCAAUUACAAAGCAAAAUGGGUGAUAUAGAGAAGGGCAAGAAGGUCUUUGUACAGAAGUGUGCACAAUGUCACACCGUUGAAAGUGGAGGCAAACACAAGACUGGGCCAAACCUAUCUGGUUUGUUUGGACGCAAGACUGGCCAGGCUGAAGGAUUUUCUUACACUGAAGCAAACAAAAAUAAAGGUAUUACCUGGGAUGAGGACACACUCAGGAUUUACCUGGAGAAUCCGAAGAAAUAUAUCCCAGGAACAAAAAUGAUCUUUGCAGGUCUCAAGAAGAAGAGUGAGCGUGAAGACUUAAUAGCUUAUCUCAAAUCUGCCACAGCUAAAUAACUUUGAGGGACAGAACCUGCUGCCUUAUUUAUUGUUGGGUAGAUUUGACUCCUGAUUGAGAAACCUUGAAGCGACAAUGCCAUUGUUGCAGUUGAAUUUUUAACUAUUUCUGGUUUUUACCAAGUGUCCUGUUCACAGCAUUCUCUACCACCCUGUAACAUUGAACUGUUAAUUUUUAAACUUGGAAACCAAUGACCCUUUCAACUAAUAAGAAUAAAAGGGAAUGUCAAUCACCCACACUGUUUCAGUUCAUUGCACUGUCAUUAGUGGUGUAACCUAUUUGGCUAUGGUGAUGGGGAAGAAUGUUAAUAUCCUAACUUUACUUGGGUGUUCUCAGAUUUCCUCAGCUCUCAUUAAAUUCCCAGCUAAAACUAUUGCAGUUAAGACAGUCACUAGUCAGAAUUGGCAGUCAGUUCAACAGAACCAUUCUCAACAUCUAUUGGCAGUCUCAGGAACAAGUAUUAAUUACCCUGUUUUUAGUUGGGUAUUCUCACUCUGAAAUGAGUGAUAAUUUAAUAAGAGGAUGGGGAAAAAUGAUUAUUCAGAUAGCAAAGUUUAAAAGAUUUAGUUGUGUAUCUCAGUUUUAAAAAUGGGAUUGGUAUCUUAAUUUGUAUCCAUAAGCGCAUUCAGUGCCCUGAAAGAUGUUGCGCACACAUUGCAACAUGAGAUUUGAUGCCGUUUAAAUUUGAACAUUUGUUUGCAUGGUAAGUUGUACAGAAAGUCACUCCACAAAUAGUAAACUGCAGUUCAACCAUACAAUCACUGGGAAAAUUGAAUUAAAUUAAGGUGCAAGUAUUAACUCUUAAAGUUAUAUUUGAUGUGUGCUUUACAUUUUUGGCCCCAAAUUUGAUUUUUUCAAAUAGGAUGAGAUUUUUUUCCCAAUCAAGUUCUGGAAUGAUCUAUGCCUUUUUAAUAUCUGUAUAUAAAAAUAACACUGUCCACUACUUCCAACCUCAGUGGGUGGCUAAUGAGUAACAGAACCAAAGUACCUAGAUUUAUAUUUUUUUAAAAAUCGUGCUGGAAAAAGUUAAUUUAUCUUUUAGUAAGCAAUUUGAGUUGUGCUGGACAGCAAUGAAUAUUUUUUGAAAAAAAGUUAAAUCAGGUGUCCAUAUCACGGAAACUUUGAAUUUAUAUACAUUAGUUGGGUUUUCACCCACUGCAUUUCCAGGCAUCUGUAACAUCAAGUAAGUAUAAGAGGUAGCGAAUUUUGGAAAUCUUGUUAAUUGCGUUAUUGCUGCUACUGGUCUCAAAUGACUCAAUUUAGUGCUCUUCCUAACAACGUUUAAUAUGUAAGUGGUACUCUCAGGUGGUGAAAACCCAUUAAUGCAAGCCCAUUAGAUUUUUCUUGCGUCUGUUUUGAUGGAGAGUAGCAAUGAUGGCUAACAUUUGACUUGGCUGAUCCCUAAUGUGGCGGGGCGCACUUUUGUUCACUGUUUUGACCAUGGGUCAUUCAACAGUACAAAUACACCAUUUCAAUUCACUUUCAGUAAGUAAUUUAAAAAUAUUCAACCAAUUCACUAUAUUGCAGUUUGUCAUUAUAGCUUGCACAUUCUGAUUAGAGUGAAACCUAAAGAUGGUCAGUAUCUUGAGGGAACGGACAACACAAAUUCUGUAACUGGCCUGAUCUACACCAUUGAAUGCCCAGUAAAACCAGUGUAGUUAAAGGUGUACACUCCAUCUCUGGUUGCAAGAGAUGGAGACUUAUAACUAAUAUAUUUUCUGACAAAAGAGACAGUGAUGGGGCUUCAGUUGAGUUCUCUGGCAUAUCCCAAGGUUCAUGUCUGCUUGUUUCACUAGCUAGUUUUUCCUUUUGGUGUUGUGAUAGAGACUUGCUCCUCUAAUCUAGGUUAUGGAAAAUUAAAUAGAAAAGUAGAAUUUCUAUCUAUAUACUUUUUCAAUACAGAAUAGAGUGGAAGAAACAAGUGGCCAUUUAGACAGUGUCUAUGCAAUUGAACUGGAAAUGGAAUUUAAAAACUUAGUUGAAUCCUUGGGUGAUUAGACUAGUUAACUGUUAUGUUUUGCUGCUCUUCAGUACCCAAUCUGAUUUGAAUUAUAGCAUUAAAUUUGAAACCAGCAAAUAGAACAAUUUACAUUAGUUAGUGAUUUUGCUGAUUUAUACUAAAAUCUUUACUCUUGAUCAAAGGGAAGUUCCAAGACUCAAAGACAAUUACUUUUGACUAUUACCUGGAAUGGUCGUCUUGGCACUAUACAAGAGCAAGCCCAUUGAAGGGACUGUGAUAAUGCAUGAGCAAAAUUGCCAAAUGGCUGCCUUCGUACGUUGUAAUUCUUGUGGAGCAAUUAACAUAUAAUAGAUAUAGCCAACACCACCUCCACUUUCUGAACCUCGUAAAUUUGUAUUACCCUAAUGCUUUGAGUAAAAUGCAGACUCUCUGCUGGCAGUAGGGGUUCAGUGCACUUUGUCCUCCAGGUUGUAUUGUAACUUAAAAUGCAAGUGAAAAAGCAGACUUAUGGACUCUGAUCUAUUAUCAUUCAAUGUGGCUUUUGCACACUUUCAUACUGUAAUACAAAGUGUCUAUUUAAAUUAUUUCUACCUCCAUUUCAAUUUCUUUCAUGUGAUUGGGCAUUAAAUGUGAUUCAAAUUU